AUGGACGAGGCAUACCUUCCGCAUUGGGGCCAGUUACCCGUCGAGCAGUACUUGAUCAAACACUGGGAUCACUCCUCAUCUGAGCCCACUGGAAACCAGCGCCUCCGACUGAUCCACCGGUUCUUAGAUCUAGAUGAGAUUCCGGGGGAACUGGACCCUACUUAUCAUGCCUCGGAGACUUACAAAACACCAUCACAUUUCCCUACGGCCCAUGAAAUUGACAUUAUCCUCCGCCCCUGGCGCUCUGACACUCUGCGGAAGAUAGGGUGGAGAAUUUGGGGGAGUGAUAACAAUCAGUUGGUUUUGUUGCGCACUCACUAUAAUGCCGAUGACAACGACAAGAUCACAGAUUUAGUAGGGUCCGAUGAGCUCGACGAGAAGGAUACAGCCUGGUGGGCCCUUCUUGAUAAUCCUGAACUCUUCAAUUUCGGCCACCACUGGUGGCGAGUCUUCGACAUCUUGCCAGAGUUAGCCGGCCCUUUAGAUGGCUAUAGCCGCCUGCCGAAUCCAGAACAUAUUUUACGGGAUAGACAGUUUUUCAAGAAGAAACUACCAAACCUCAAACAAAGCGACGAAUGGAGGGCGGAUCGUGAUAAACAUAUUAAACGACAGAGCACAUUCCUUCGGCGAACAGCUUCAAAGGGCUAUUUUGCUAUUGCGGAUCAGGAAGCUUUUGAAACGGACAUGCUACGGUUAAUCUAUCACGACGGGAAGACGAAUAUUGUACAAGAGACCCGGAUAGAAUUCAGUGAGCAGACAUUUGCUGAUGUUGCUGUUGAAUGGGAAGAGUUGUCGCUUCCUUCUCAAUUAUGGGAGGACGGAAUGACUGGUGAGAAGUAUGGAGUGAAUGGGGAGCUAGGAAGGGAGUUAUAUCAGCUAGAUGAGACUGAUCUGGAAUAA